UCCGGGUUACAGGGUUGUCCAUGCGUGAGGAGGAGAUACCGAAGACUUUUCACGUGUUACGGGUUGGCUGAUGGUGUUGCUUACCAGUCCGUACUGAAGUAUAAAACAAAGCUGACAGUUGGUUUGAUAUUUUUUGGGGUAGUUUAACUACUAACGGGUUGCAGAUUCUUAUAGGAGAGUCGUCAGUUGGGAUCUCUGUAAAUUAACGUAACGAUGGCAAAAGAUAAAGCUGCAGUCAAAGACAAAAAACGAGAUAAAGAAAAGAAGCAAAGCCUUGAAGAGGUGACCAAGGUGGUGGCCACGGAUGAGGAGGUCAUGAAUAAGGAAGGGGAGCCCAUUUCCACCAAGAAAAAGAAAAGAAAAGAAAAAGAGGUGGUCGAAGACGAUAAUGAGCAAAGUGACAUCAUUGAGAGUGAAGCGAUAAUGGAAAAAGGAGAAAAGAAGAAAAAGAAAAAGAAGAAAAGCUCCUGUGACCACCACAUAGCCACAGAAAACAGAGAGUCAAACAUGGAAACGGACAUCAUUGUAAUAGAGGAGGACCCUGCAGGUACUGAGGUGAAGAAGAAGAAGAAGAAGAAGAAGAAGAAGAAAAGCUCCUGUGACAUCAGUGCCCUUGAUGCCGGUGACCAAGUCAUAGCCACAAAAAACAGAGAGUCAAACAUGGAAAUGGACAUCAUUGUAAUAGAGGAUGACCCUGCAGGUACUGAGGUAAAGAAGAAGAAGAAGAAGAAGAAGAAAAAUAAAUUGCAAAGUAAACAGGGCAUCAAUUCUGAAGAGGAUGUACUACCAGACUGUGAAGGUGGAGAGAAGAAAAAGAAUGGGGAGGCAUUAACAACUGUAAAUGACUGUGACAUUUCUGGCUUUGACUCUGCAGAGAAAGACUCGGUGGAAACACUAAAAAAGACAAAGAAAAAGAAAAAAAGAAAAGCUGACGAGAAUAACGGUGACAUUGAAAAGAAUGGGUCUGAGAACACUAACGGACAGAAGGCAGACAUUGAGGGAAGCGUCACUGUUGAAGACAGAAAGAAAGAAAAGAAGAAGAAAAGAAAACAUGAUGGCCUAGAAGAAGAUGCAUGCUUAACAAGUACCAUUAAACAAACGGAACACAAGAAAGAGAAAAAGAAUAGGAAAGAUAGCAGUCAUGUGGAGGAUAUGACAAACACUGCCACAGGAUCCCAACUAGAAAUACUAGAAGAGAAACCAAUGGAUGGCAAGACAAAAAAGGGGAAAAAGAAAACCGAUAUUUCUGAAGCACAUGAGCUGGAGAACAACCACAUGCAAGGGGAAAAGAAAAAACAGAAAAAGAAAAAGGCUAAAGAAGUGGAACCAACUCAACAGCUUGUUGACAACGAGAAGCAUGAGGGAGAAGCCACUGGAACUGAAGCUGUAAACAGGAAGAAGAGAAAAAAGAACAAAAAUGAUCCUGCAAAGACAGAAGUAGAGACACCAACACCGAAGACAUGUGUAGAAGUAGAGACACCAACACCGAAGAAGAAAAAGAACAUAUCUGAAGAGAGCACUCCAGCAAAGACAGUCAAGAAGGAAGAGUCUGUAGAGGAACAUCAAGAGGUGACUGAGGUGGUCUUUUUGUCAGAGAAGCCUGGUAACCAGGAUGAAAUUUUGAUUAACCAGGAAAGACGGUUGGCCCUGCAAAGAGAAAUUGACGAGGAAUCACAGCCAAAAUCUACUUUUGGACAGUGGAGCACUGCCACCUUUGACAGUUCAGACCAACAGCAGAAGUUCUUGCGACUGAUGGGUGGCUUCAAGAAAGGCAAUCAGCCAGCUGCGUCAGGUGUUGGACGGCCAAACAUGGCUCUGGGAAAGGAGGAACAACAGAGCCUGCAGCAGAAACUCCUGGGACAGUUUGAGCGUGCGCAAAAUCGUAGAAUGGAUUUUACAAGCAAAGGAGCAGGACUUGGAUUCACUGCGCCAAGCAAUAAGAAGUUCUCGAUCGAUGUGAAUGCCAGCCGCUCAGUUAAAUUUGAUGACUGACUAUGCACACAUGUCCCUUCAUUCAGUUUGAUGGGACUGAAAUGUAACUCUGGGUUAAGAUGACCUGAUGUUUUCCUGGCUGACUGAAAACAAGUAAUCGUUCUACUGAAUAGUAGAUCUUUGUACUGCACGUCAACUAAUGGGGUCUCGUCAGUCCAGGCUGUUGGCACGGUUGUGAAGCAGGCCUUUGCAGGCGUCUCAGGAAUCCUUUUCAGCUACGUGAGCCUAGUUCCCAUGGACUAUCCUGCUACAUCAAAAGGACAUUCUUUUGAGUGCAGUGGCAACAUGUUGUAUGACUGAAUUGUAUGUUUCUGUAAUGAAUAUUUGUAAACUACAGUGCUAUAAAAAUCUGUCAAAUCAUGAGGUUGAGAGAUUUA